CGCUGUCUUCGCUCUCCGUCCUCCGUGGGGUCGCGAGGGAAAGAUAAAGGCGAUAAAACCCUAAUCCCAAUCUCGAAGAUUUUGGAGUUUGGACCGGCGGAAGGAGAAAGAGAGGAAGAAGAGGAGGGAAGCCAAGGAAUGAAGAACCUUUACCCCAAAGGGAAGGGAAAGAUCCACCCGUCACCGGCGGACGGUGGCGGGCCGUCGUCCCCGAGCCAGGAUGUGCUCGCGGUGCUCAAGCUCCUCCCGGCCGCCAUCCUGGCCCUCACGGUGGCGCUGACCUACCAGGAUAAGGAAGUGCUGGCGUACCUGAUCACCAGGUCCAUCCAUGGCCCGGCGACGCUCGCCGCCGGCGCGGAGCGUAGGCGGUGCCGUGGGCAUCGGCCGCUCUUCGACUGCGGGUGCUUCGACUGCUACAUCAGCUUCUGGUCGCGGUGGGACUGCUCUCCCGACCGCGAGCUUAUCCACCAAGCCAUCGAGGCGUUCGAGGAGCACCUAGCCAGCCUAGAGAAGAAGGCCGGCGGCAGGGGGCGGCGGAGGGAGCGGAGGGUGGUGGAUAGAGCCGAGAAUGGCAAGAAGAAGAACAAGGAGCGGAGGAAGGCGGUGGUCGAGGAGGAGGAGGAAGAGAAGUCGGUCGAAGAGUCAGCCAUGGCGAAUGAAGCCGCGAGCUUAUCCGGCGAAGUCAAGGAAUCGUCGGAUAUCGUGGCGGCCGCGGCGGAGGAAGACGAGGAGGAGAAGAGCGCAGAAGAAGAGGCGCUGCCGGUGGGUUGCGAGAGGCGGAGGGGAUGGCCGGACGUGAUGGGGCUCUUCAACUCUCGUUUGUUGAGCCUUUGGGGUCCGGGCGUGUGAGGCUUUUUUUUUUCCCUUAUCUUUGAACGAGGAAUAAUAAUAAUUAUUAAUAAUUAAAUAAAACAGAGAGAAAAAAAAACUAGAGAUGGGGGGAAUUAAAUUUGCAGUUGUUGGUUUGGAAUUUUAAGUUUCUGUAGUGGUUAUGUCUCGAGUUGUGUAGAGUUCUGUAGUCGAGUAUGCAAUGUGUAUGCGACUUAUAGUUGACCAAGUAGCAGAUGAUGUUGGUGGUGUUCAUCAUCGAGAAAGAUGCUGGACAAUUCAGAUGAUAGAUAACAAGAGGCAUUCGAGCUACAUAUAUGGUAUUGUAGCAUUGAGGACGGCUUGCACUACUUACCCGCUGCCAUGGCGUUGGUGUGUAAUCCUCUCUCUCUCUUUCUCUCUCUCACUCUCUCUGUGCUAUGAUUUGCUGCUGGUUAAAUCUAGUGGCCGUCGUGCAUGAGGACAGGCUCGAAAGGCCCCAUGGGAUGUCACGGGACGUUGGAUGGGAAGUAUACAUGUAUCGACUGAGAUGGCAUAACAUCGUCUAUAGGUCCAUAAAUGUGCAUCUUUCGACUGUCUUUGUCAGGCAUCUACUACUGGGUGGUAAUCAAUUCAUGCAUAUGGCCACUGCACCAACUCAGCAUUCACAAGGAUUCCCUCGAAUGGACAUGUAAUGUAUCUGAUAAGGUUUCCUGGUCGUCGUCAUUUAAAUAUAGCAUCGACGUCAUAAUUC